AUGGUGGGGAUAGGCCUUAUUUGGCGCGGCGAAAUGCCAUUCGACGACGACGACAACCCGAAUGUCGCUGCGGGACCGCCCAGCGCCGGCGGCGUGGACGGCGCGGCGGCCGCGGAGGAAGCAAUGGAGGACGAGAUGCCCGACUACAAGCUCUUCAUGAGCAUGUUUGACAAAAAGGGCGUGUCCAGCAAGACGAUCCGCAAGGGCGAAAAGGACUUUGAAUCACACGGGACGCGCGCGCAGGACGGGGUGCUCGAGACGAGCCGCCGCGCGCUCGAAGAGGUCCUCAGCUACACGCGCAUCCACCGCGGCGACGGCUGGGUGCGCGGAUGGUACGUGCCCGACUUUUGGGCGUCGGGGGAGGAGGGCGCGGCGGUCGGCGUGCUGGACCUGCGGCACGACGACGGGCGCCUGAUGCUGCGCGAGCGCGUCGUCGUUGUCGAGCACGAGCGCGGCAGCUGGAUGAAGGACAUUGGCCGGUCCGUGCCCGCGGGCAUCAACAGCAGCGAGGCGCAGCGGCCCGGCGUCGGCCGCCUGUGGCUGCUGCCCGAGGAGGCGCUGCACAUGGUGGAGCGCGGCACGCUGGACCUCUGGUGGCCGCACAAGGAGCUCGGCGUCCUCCUGCAGGCCGGCACCGGCCCUGACGACUACGACGUCGGCGUGCCGCUCAGCCUCGAGGCCGCGUACUCGCUGCUACUGGGCGAGGACGACGGCGAGCGCGGCAAGGUCUCGCUGCCGCGGUACCAGGUCUUUACGCACCUGAAACGCGGAGGAUUUCACGUGCUGCGCGCUCCGGACGAGCAGCGGCAGGCCCCUCCAGACACGAAGCAGACGACGACACACGCGCCGGGCACAACGUUGCUGCACUGGCUGCUCACGCUGGUGGGAUGGGGCGGCGAGGCGCGGCCGCAACCACCGGCCAAGCUGCACUCCUUUGGACCGCUCGUCUCGCCGGGCCUCUACCGGGCGUACAAGCCCAUCUACGAGCAGCUGAGUCUGCUCCCGCGCCACGUACCACAGCGGUCCACCACCAUGACUAGCUCACGGGAUGAUGAGGCGGCGGCGGCGGCGGCGGCGGCGGCGCAGGACCCGUACAAGGUCUUCUUCCACGUCUGGAAAGCCGGCGGCGCGGCGCCGUUUGCCAAGCGCAACCCGCCGCCGCCGACGUUCCGCAUCGCCGUGGCCGACACGGGCCUGCACGGGGUGCCGACGCUGGAGCAGGCGGCGGCGCUGCUGGCGUCGACGCCGCUCGACGACCCGCUGACGGCGAACCCGGCGUGGAAGGGCCCCGGCCGGCUGUACCAGCGGCUCAAGCACGGGCACCGCAACGUGCUGGUCGCGGUGGUGGACCGCGGACUGGUCAACUACAUGCGCUUCGGCGAGGGCGCGUUUGGCGAGGAGCGGCUGUAUGAGCGGCAUGAUGUGCGGAGGGACGCGAGCGGCGGCGGGAAACGAGGUGGUGGGAGAGGGAGGGGACGUGGUGGCAGGGGACGCGGUCGAGGACGAGGACGGUGA